AUGGCCCCCGUAGAGGACGAUUGGUCUGAUUCAGAGGAUGAGCUAGGUUCAGAGGUAGAGACGGCAGUGCUGCUGGGAAUCCCAGACGGGCCUAUCGAUACCCAGUCUGACCUCGCAGAUGCAGCAGUCUCACGCAUAGGAGGCACUCCUGCUUUCCUUCCAGCGCGUGAACCCUCUCUUUCCUCUUCUCAAUGUGCGAAUUGUGCAGAGACGAUGGAGCUGCUUGUCCAGCUCUGGUGUCCGUUCGAAGAUAGCCCUAUGGACAGGGCGCUGUAUGUCUGGGGCUGCGCACGUAGUUCGUGUCAGAAGAAGGACGGGAGCAUACGCGCUUGGCGCGGAAUCAGGCGUAACGAAGCCUAUGCGAAGAAAUUAGAAAAGAAAUUGGCAAAGAAGAAGCAAAAGGAACCAAUAUCGCAAUCUGCAACAUCACAGCAGAAAACUGCCAAAGUAAACCCAUUUUCCCUGCAAAACUCUGCCGCGGCGAGCCCCUUUGGUUUAGGCACCCAGAUCUUCGGGCAAUCUCCUCCUCCUCCUCGCGAUCCCUCACCCCCACCACCGGAAGAGAGUGUCGAGGAAAGUGACGCCGAAAGCGACUCUUCUGAAGAAUCUCUCAUAACGGCGCUCGCAUCAACAGGUCUCUCCUCCUCACCUUGGAUCUCUGCUCCCUCCUACCCUCCCUUGUAUCUCUCGACCACUUCAGAAUACGUCCCUCCACCCCCAAAGGCCAAGCUCCCACCUGGUGUGCAAAUUCAAGAUCCCUUGGACGAUGACGAGAUGAAGAAAAGCAGUAAAGAUGGAGGUUGGAGUUUAGAAGGAUACGAAAAUUCUUUGGAGAUAGAUAGCGUGUUUGAUCGCUUCACCAAGAGAGUGGGAUACGAAGGGGAGCAGUGUAUUCGAUACGAGCUCAAAGGUGUCCCACUCCCCUUCUCGUCCGACAAAUUAUUCGACAAGCUAUUUCCCGCACCGCCUGCACCUCCCCUUCCCGUCACCAAGCCCGACUUCAAAGUCGUCCCUGUCCAGAAACGGACGUAUACGCCCGCAUCUGUUCCACGCUGUCCUAUCUGCAACUCACCUAGGGUCUUUGAGUGUCAACUGAUGCCCAACCUCAUCAACGUCCUACGAUCGGCUAGUAAAGACGCAGGGAAAGAAACUGGUGGCAGACGGAAAAAAGCUGGGUUGGAGUCAGACGAGGAGCGCAGGAAAGCUGUCGAGGCUGCACUUCGUGCGAGCGGGUCGCCCGAGAAGAGAGCGAUGGAAUGGGGUACUUGUAUGGUUUUCUCUUGCGAGAAUGAUUGUUGCAUUGGAGAUGCUGAGUCGGGUGGGGGGAAAUGUACCGAGAGCUGGAGAGAAGAGGUUGUAUUGGUCCAGUGGGAUGAUUGA